GCUCCCUGACUGACAGACAACAACAGCUCAGGGAGUCACAGAAAAGGUUUCAGAGCUAAACGUCGAGCGAUUCAAAAGAAACAAUCUGGAUCUUUGAGCUACGCUUCUGCUCGGUGGGACGGUCGGGAUGAAGGGCCGAGAUCUGGUCGCGGUGCUGUGUUUACUCUGCUGUCUGAGUUCACUUGGAGUGAGUUCAACAACAGAGAAGGAGCUGUGGGAUUUCGUCUUCAAGGACUACAACUUGAAGGUGCGCCCAGCUCCCACCCCUGAGCAGAGAGUGGUGGUCCGGGUGGGAAUGACGCUCUCCUCCUUUGUGGGAUUGAACAUGAAGGACGAAGAGAUGAGCACAGUUGUGGUGAUGGACCUGGAGUGGACGGAUUAUCGGUUUAAAUGGAACCCCAAGGACUACAAUGGGAUCGAGGUGCUGCGUAUUCCAUCAGCGAAGGUUUGGCUGCCAGACAUUGUCCUCAUCAACAACAACGAUGGAGUGUUUCACGUGGCCCUGCAAGUCCAUGUUCAAGUCUACAGCAACGGCAGAGUGACCUGGACACCUCCUGCUCUGUACUUGAGCUCCUGCGGAGUCAAAGUUGAAUAUUUUCCCUUCGACUGGCAGAACUGCACCAUGCAGUUCCGCUCCUACACGUACGACUCCACCGAGAUUGAGCUGAAGUACUCUCUGGAUUCCAAAGGAAAAGAGAUCCAGGAGAUUAGGCUGGAUGACGCCUUCAGUGAGGGAGGAGAGUGGCACAUCCGCCACAAGCCCAGUAGGAAGAACAUGAACGACGACCUGUACGAGGACAUGACCUUCUACCUGAUCAUCGAGAGGAAGCCGCUGUACUACGUCAUCAACAUCAUCCUCCCCUGCAUCCUCAUCACCAUCAUUGCUAUUUUCAACUUUUACCUGCCCCCCGAUGCAGGAGAGAAGAUGGGGCUGUCCAUCAACGUCUUGCUGACCCUGACUGUGUUCCUGCUGCUGCUGGCAGACAAGAUCCCUGAGACCUCCCUGGGGGUCCCCAUCAUUGUCAAAUACAUCAUGUUCACCAUGAUCCUGGUCACCUUCUCUGUCAUCCUCAGCGUGGUGGUGCUCAACCUCCACCACCGCUCCCCCAACACCCACCAAAUGCCCAUGUGGGUUCGCAAGAUCUUCAUCCACCUGCUGCCUCCAUUCCUGCGUAUGAGGCGACCCAAGGUGGAGACGCCGCUUUACAUGCACACCCCCAACUACCUGGAGUCCAUGCCCCGCCGGGAGAAGAAGGCGUUUGCUAUCAACAAAGCUGCUGAUGAAUACUUUAUCAGAAAACCAGAUGCAUUCACCAUGUUCCCAAACCCCAACAGGUUCCACUCUGAGGGCAUGUGCUCCGACAUGAGGAAGUUCAUCGACGGCCCCAGUAGUUACCUGACCCUUCCCGACGAGUUGAAAGCUGCCAUUGACGCGAUCACCUACAUCGCAGAAGCUCUGCAGGCAGAAAAGGACUAUGAAGCUCUCAAGGAGGACUGGCAGUAUGUGGCGAUGGUGGUGGACCGCAUGUUCCUGUGGAUCUUCGUGGUUUUCACAGCUGUGGGCACGCUGGCUAUUUUUACUGCCGCCAGUUUCAACCACACCCCCACCGACCCUUUUAUAGGCUCCUGAGACCACUCAGUGAUGCUGCUGUCUCCUGAAGUCAUCCACAUUACGAAGAAGUUUGUGGCCUCCUUGGUUUACUGUCUGGAGUCACACUUUCAGCUGUUUUAGAGUUACAUUGGAUCAAGGUAGAUAAAUAAAUAUAUCAGAUAGAU